AUGCGACCGCCACGCAGACGGUACCGGAGAGAGAAUGCAAAUAGCGGAGGUCAGCUGGGAGGCAGACACGACAUAGCGAGGCAAGGACGUGACGCAGUCGACGAGGCCAUCGCAAGACAGAUUUCGAAUUCUUCACUAAUUCUGCUGAGAGACAAGCAAACUAAGCACAGCAAUAUUCGCUCCGCCAUUCCACCAAAUUUUCGACCGGAUUAUACAGUACGCCCGGAACAAGAGCUCUGUGGCGAAAUUUCGAAUUCCUAUGUCACCGUUCGAUAUAUUCACAUCUUCGGCAGCGCUAUACAAUACAGUAACUUGCAGAUUCAACGCCAAACGAGGGUGAUGAACCGAAAACUACAAUCGGAGUAUCCGCUUCAUCGUUCGGUUUACAUCGAUGACGUUGAAGAACUCAAAAGACUUCUUUGUGAUGAUCGCGUCGAGCUGGAAAAACUGGAUUGCCGUGGGAGAACACCUUUAAUGCUUGCGGUGACGUUAGGACAUAAGGAAUGUGCUUCUGAACUUUUGAAACGAGGUGCUGAUGCAGACGCUCAAAAUAAAGGAAUGUGGUCGGUUAGCCAUGAAGCGAUAUCUUAUGGCGACCCUGAGUUGGUGAAAACCGUUAUCACGUAUCGUGAUCAUCAAAGAAGCGUGAGAGGAGCCCAUAGUAUGAAAAAUUGCCUGAAAACUUUAGAGGUCUGUGCGCUUCCUUUGACUUAG